AGGUAAAUGAUUUGCGAAAAGAGCUAGAAAGUCGAACACUUAGUUCCAAAGGACUAAAAUCUCAGUUGAUUGCUCGAUUAACAAAGCAGCUUCGAGUUGAAGAACAAAAAGAGGAGCAGAAGGAGCAAGAAAAGUGUGAAAAAGAAGAUGAGGAGGAGGAAGAGCGGAAAUCUGAAGAUGAUAAAGAGGAAGAGGAGCGAAAACGUCAAGAAGAAAUGGAGCGUCAGAGAAGAGAAAAGAGAUACAUCUUACCUGAAGAGCCUGCAAUUAUUGUACAUCCAAACUGGUCAGCAAAAAAUGGGAAGUUUGACUGCAGCAUCAUGUCUCUAAGCGUCCUGUUGGACUACAGGAUAGAGGACAAUAAGGAGCACUCAUUUGAGGUAUCUCUUUUUGCAGAGUUGUUCAAUGAAAUGCUCCAGAGAGACUUUGGGGUGCGGAUAUAUAAAGAGCUUUUUAACCCUCCCUGAGAAAGAAGAUAAGAGAGACAAAAAAAUAAAGAAGGAAGACAAGAGGGACAAGAAAGAUGACAAGGAUGAUGAUGAAGAACCAAAGCUCAAGCGUAGAAAGUCUUCAGAUGAAAAACUAAGAUCAGAAGAAAGAGAUGACCGAAAGAAGGAUGACAGAAAGCGAGACGAUUCCAGAGAUGAUGAAGAAAUAGAUGACGAUAUCCAAGAGGAUUAUGAGCCUAUUGGAGCAGAAGAAGAUGAUGGUGAUUAUGAAGACAGGGAAGAUGAUGACGAUGACUCGAGCACCAAGGAUAAGCGUGACGACAAGAGGGAAAACAGAUACAGCAAGGAAUGGCUAACCAAAGAUAAGGAGAAAGAAAAGAAACUGAUGGUUACAAUAAACAAGGAUCUUCUAAUGGCAUUUGUAUAUUUUGAUCAAAGUCAUUGUGGCUAUUUAUUGGAGAAGGACUUAGAAGAAAUUAUUUAUACCCUUGGAUUGCAUCUGUCAAGGGCACAGGUGAAAAAACUGUUAACCAAAAUUUUACUGAAGGAAUCCUUAUAUUACCGGAAGUUAACCGAUACUUGCACAGAUGAUGGGAGUCACGAAGAGACUGAUAUUUUUAGUGAAGAUAUUCUAGGAAACAGAUUGCUUUUGCCAUCCAAAAUUUCACGAUCCGGUGUGUCCUCUGUGGAAGAAAAGGGCGGCCUGAUUGUGUACAAUGGUGCCAUGGUUGAUGUGGGAAGUCUUCUGCAGAAACUAGAAAAGAGUGAGAAGGCAAGAGCAGAGCUUGAACAGAGGCUUCAGGCUCUCCAGUCCAAAACAGAGUUAGAUGAAAAGACCAUCUCUCAGCUAGAAGCUUCUAAUAAAAGUUUAUCUGGGGAGCUGAAAGAAGCAAAGAGCGACCUCAGUCACCUACGGGAGAGCCUGAAAUCCCUGGAAGACACCAACUGCCAAUAUGAGGACCAGCUAACAAAAACUAUUCGAGAGCUUUCUGCAACCAUGGAGGGGAUCCAAACUGUUCUCAGCAGGAAUCCACUGGCAUCUGAAGACCAGAAGGCAAAAGAGAAUGGAUCCAGUUUUUGA